UACAGAGUUAGUAUGUCUCUCUGACUGUGACGACGACGACGGCGAUACCAACAACAGAGCGAUCACGCCUAGCAGCCAGCAGAGCUAUCCGGGAGGUUCGCGUGAGAUCACUUUUAGAUAGACCGUCCAGUCUUGCGGUGGUAUCGGUUCGAGUUGGGUCGCGUUUUCCCUUUCGUUGAAGUCUCGUCGUCGCGGGUUGUGUUUGCAAAGCGGCUAGAAGGCUAUAAAUAGGCCGAUUUCGAGUGUCCUCCGCGAAGAAUUAGUGGAGUGUGUGGAAUAGUGCGGAUUUGUCAAAAAAAAAAGGGGUUUGAAGGAGUUCAGGUGACAACGGAUCGGAUAACAACACACCGAUAAUCUUUCUUCAUUGAAUAGCAAAGACUACUAUUCAAAUCAGAAUCUAACUGACCAUGAAGUACACCAAAGCGCUCACGGCUCCGGAUGAUUACAAAUUCACGAUGUCCGAUGACCUCCGACGAAUAGCUGAGCGGGAGUUGAACGAAACGGACGACAGACGGAACCAUGCUCUGCAGAUGCUUCGGGAUUGGGCCGAGAAAAACCCCCGGAUCGUUAAAGUUCGAAUGGAUUCAAACUUCUUGUUGAAAUUUCUUCGAGCGAAGAAGUUCAGCAUACCGGUGGCCCAGGAAAAUAUCGAACGGUUUCUUUUGCUCAGAUUCAUCCGAGAUGGAAAUGUAUUCAUGAACCUCGAUUGCCGGCUACCCAAGUUGGCGAAACUGCUGGACCUGGGGUACAUGUUUGCCCUGCCCAAAAGGGACAAAAAUGGCCGCCGGGUGAUGUUCUACCGUCCUGGGGUGUUUGAUCUGAACGAGUUCAGCAAUGAUGACAUGGUGCGGGUGCACGGCAUCUGUUACGAAACCAUUUUGGCCGACGAGGAGAAUCAGAUCCGUGGAAUUGUACAUGCAGGCGUCGGUACCGGCAUUGGAUUGCAAUAUUUGACGUUGUUCACAAUCAAGGAGGCCGUAAGGAUCACCAAAAACGGAGAACGAUUGCUGCCAAUGAGACACCAGGAAAUGCACGGAUGCAACAUCAAUCCGGCACUGAAGAUUGCGGUGGAAUGGGGAAUGACGUUGAUUUCCGAGAAGUUGAGAAACCGGAUUCGACUGUACACCGACAUCAAAGACAUCGAGAUGGAUAAGAGUUUGUUGCCGAAGGAGUAUGGCGGUACUAUGCCGAUGGCGGAAAUGAUCAAGUUGUGGAAGGCGGAAGUGGAAGCGCACAGGGCCACUUUGCUGAACGAUGACAAGAUGGCGGUUCAUUUGCACAUGUAUCCGGAGGCUGCCAGGGAAGGCUCGGUCAGUUCGCUGAAGCAGAAUUUGAACGGGUGCUCAGGGUUCAAAGAGAACAAUAGCACGUAUGGAUUGGCGGGUAGUUUCAGGAAAUUGGAAGUGGAUUAAGGUGGACAAGUGGUGUUUUUAUGUAUUAUAGGUUAAGGUUAUUGUGUAUUAAUGAUAUUUACAUAGGAAUUAAUAAAGGAUACUGAUACAAAGA